AUGCAUAACUCUCUGAAUAAAUACGCCACAAGUAUUAAUCCUCAGAAAAAAGAUGGUCGGGAAGAGCUUUAUAGGAACAGAUUUCCUCCGUUGAGUAUUCGUUUACUUGGCGCACACCAGCCUCUUUCUGCCGGGCGCCGUUAUGAUCUAUUGUGCCAAAGUUCUGGAGGGAGACCACCUGCAGUUAUAACAUGGUGGCAAAAUAAUAUACGUCUGGAAAAAACUACCGAAACUAUAUCAAGCGAUGGGAACCAAACUACGAGUACAUUAUCAAUUAUUUUCGAGAAAUCUGAUUCUGGCAAAUUCCUGUCCUGUAAAGCAUAUAACCUUGCUAAACCAGUAAUGCCAUUAGAAGACGGAUGGAUUCUAGAUAUACAGUAUAUUCCGGAAGUUCAAAUACGACUUGGAACAUCUUUAAAGCAAAAUACAAUUAGAGAAGGGGCAGAUGUCUAUUUUGACUGUGUAAUAAAUGCACACCCAUUCGUUUACAGAGUUGAUUGGCGUCAUAACUUAGGUUUUGUUAAGUUAGAUGGCUGA